AACAAUAAAAUAAGAGUUCAAAAGCACCAAAAAAACAACCGAUAAAAAACAAACAGGACCGUCAAUAUGGUCGACACCGAGAUUAUAGUAACCAAUGCUGGUGAGCCUUCCACUAAGGCCAGUCUCAUUGUGGUAUCGAAUCGUUUGCCUUUUGUUCUAACACGAAAUGCCAAAACUAAGGAGCUCGAACGUAAAGCAAGCGCUGGUGGUCUCGUCACGGCUGUCUGUCCGGUUGUGAUCAAGGGCAGCGGCUUAUGGGUGGGCUGGUCUGGCAUUCAUUUGGAGGACCCCAAUGAGGCGAUACCCGAAUCGAAUCCGUAUGAUCAGACACCGACAGCGGGCUUGAAAUCGGAUCAAGUGGUGUCGGUGAACAUCGAUGCCAAGAUCUUUGAUAGCUACUACAAUGGUUGCUGUAACAAGAUCUUUUGGCCGCUCUUCCACUCGAUGCCGGGUCGAGCCAACUUUGGUGGAGAACAUUGGCAUGAUUAUGUGACGGUGAAUAAGCAUUUUGCUGUCCGCACCAUUGAGGCACUGGAGAAAUGUCUGGCCAAGAAUAAUGGUAGCGAAAAGAAUCCACCAAUCGUUUGGAUUCAUGACUAUCACUUAAUGUUGGCCGCCAAUUGGGUGCGUGAGCAUGCCGAGGAGAAGAAUCUUCCUUGUCGUUUGGCCUUCUUCCUUCACAUACCCUUCCCGCCGUGGGAUAUCUUCCGAUUGCUGCCAUGGUCCGAUGAAAUCUUACAAGGCAUGUUGGGCUGUGAUCUGGUUGGCUUCCAUAUCCAAGACUAUUGCCUCAAUUUUGUGGACUGUUGCCAACGUAAUUUGGGUUGUCGUGUCGAUCGCAACAAUCUGCUGGUGGAGCAUGGCGGACGCACUGUUCGUGUCCGUCCUCUCCCCAUUGGUAUACCCUAUGAGCGUUUCGUGAAUUUGGCUCACAAUGCUCCCAAGGUGUUGAAAACAUCCAAGCAACAGAUUAUCUUGGGUGUGGAUCGUUUGGACUACACCAAGGGUCUGGUCCAUCGUCUGAUGGCAUUCGAGGCCUUGUUGCUAAAGUAUCCACAGCAUAAGGAGAAAGUGAGUCUAUUGCAAAUUUCAGUGCCCUCACGGACAGACGUCAAAGAGUAUCGGGAACUGAAGGAGGAGGUCGAUCAACUGGUGGGACGCAUCAAUGGACGCUUCACCACAGCCAAUUGGGCACCUAUACGCUACAUCUAUGACUAUGUCAGUCAGGAUGAGUUGGCGGCCUUGUAUCGGGAUGCGGCUGUUUGCCUGGUCACACCACUGCGCGAUGGCAUGAAUCUGGUGGCCAAGGAGUUUGUGGCCUGCCAGAUAAAUGAAGUGCCCGGUGUCUUGGUGAUUUCACCAUUCGCCGGAGCCGGUGAGAUGAUGCACGAGGCAUUGCUCUGUAAUCCGUAUGAGGUGAAUGAGGCCGCUGAGGUAAUUCAUCGUGCCCUGACCAUGCCGGAGGAUGAGCGUGCUUUGCGUAUGGCGCGUCUGCGUCGUCGCGAGGCUGAAUGUGAUGUCAGUCACUGGAUGCGUUGCUUCCUGAAGGCAGUUGGGGCUCUGGAAAUGGAUGAUCUGGGCACUACCAUUAUGCAACCGGUGUCUGUGGAUGAUUUCGAUGACUACUUACUCAAAUAUAUUGGCUAUAACCAUAAGCUGGCUCUAUUGUUGGACUAUGAUGGCACCUUGGCACCCAUUGCACCUCAUCCAGAUUUGGCCACGCUCUCGCCAGAGAUUAAGAACGUAUUGUACAAACUGUCCAAUCAUUCGGAUGUCUAUGUGGCUGUCAUCUCUGGACGUAAUGUGGAUAAUGUUAAGAAAAUGGUCGGUAUAGAAGGCAUCACCUAUGCCGGUAAUCAUGGCCUGGAAAUUUUGCAUCCCGAUGGCAGUAAAUUUGUUCAUCCCAUGCCCAUUGAGUAUGAGGAUAAGGUUAGUCAUUUGCUGAAGGCUCUGCAGGACUCCGUUUGUCGUGAUGGCGCCUGGGUGGAGAACAAGGGAGCUCUGCUCACAUUCCAUUAUCGUGAGACACCGAAUCAAUUGCGUCCCGCAAUGGUGGAGAAGGCGCGUGGUUUAAUUGAGAAGUAUGGUUUCCGUGCCACCGAAACCCAUUGUGCCCUGGAGGCACGACCUCCAGUGCAAUGGAACAAGGGCAGAGCAUCGAUAUACAUUCUACGCACAUCAUUCGGUGUGGAUUGGAAUGAGAGAAUCAAAAUCAUUUAUGUAGGUGACGAUCUUACCGAUGAGGACGCCAUGGUGGCACUAAAAGGUAUGGCUCGUACUUUCCGUGUGACAUCGUCGGAUAUUGUGAAAACUGUUGCCGAUCAUCGUUUGCCCUCAACGGAUUCCGUUUACACGCUUCUCAAAUGGGUCGAACGUCAUUUUAUGGGACGGAAGGCGAGAGCUAAUUCGCUAACCUAUAGGCCAACCAAGGGCGAUGGCGUUCAAAUGCAAAUGUCUCUCGAGGUGGCGACAUCGGCCAAUAAUCUAGAGGUUUAACAAGCAGCACACACACACACACGCACACACAUAUACAAACAUCUCUUAUUCCGCAUUAACACAGAUUACUUGUAAGAUUUCGUAAGAAUAAAAAAAUACAACAAAUAAAAGAAAAAAAUCAAAAUACAAAA